AUGUCAUCCUCCCAAAACGAAAAGAAGAACUCCGACGUCGAGAUAGGCGAAGCCAGCUCAGCUGUGCCGAUUUCGCGUCAUGCGGAGAACGAAGCGAAUCGGACCCAGCCUGAGGUGUCAGCUAUCCCUACCUUGUCGGCGAUGUGGACCUCUGCAGAAGGAAACAAAUUCUUUGGUGAAGCUACGUCCCUUGCAGAACCAGCCACGAUUCGUGUACAAGUUCCGGAGGCCUCGGUCCAACCCUCGGUCUGUGAGAAGGACCUAGCUCUGGCGAGCAUCAAGGGAAGCUUGAACGAGAUCCAGCUGCUCAAAGGCGAAGUGGUUCGGACUCUGGACUCCUGA